GCCGACUUUCCUCAACCAUUGCAGCGUUGCAGAGCACAUUCAGAGACGGUACAGAAUCGAUAGAGAAGAGGGUCGCCUGUGUUCUGACUUCUCGCGAGGAACUAAAUUCCGGCGGAACUUUCUGAACCAAGAAGCGAUGCAGAUCCAAUUCAAAGAGGUCUAGAGAGAGAGACGAGAACCCAAAAGGCUGGGGUUUUUUUUUUACGUUUCGCCUUCUCUCGAGAAACUGGAUUUGGGUGUGCCGCUCCGUCUGCUGCUUCAUUCUUGCAAGGUCUGCGAACCAAUUUUCCAAAGAUUUUUGUUUUAUUAGGCCUUGCUUAAUCAGAGCCUGUUCAAAACUGCUGCUGCUUGGUCUAUCGGCCAAACCAUAAGAAGCGAUUACCUCCUCAUGGACCAGUCUUUGCCGUUCACGAUUAUGGUGGGCAAAUAGUCACCAAUUCUGGUAAGUGUUUUGGUUUGUCUCCUGUUUUUACUUUGUUAGUGUGGGAACUUAGAUUGGACUAAAUUUGGCAUCAGAAUCAGUUUGGUAUUUUCUGAAGUAAUGUGUUGUUGAUCAUUAGGUUACUUUAUACUAGCUCAAUGCCCGACACGUUGGCCGGCUUUAGGGAUGGCAAUAAUAUCCGUAACCGUGGAUAUCCGCCCGAAUCCGACUUAAUUGGGUAGGGUAAAACUCGAACCCGAAGGAUUUUUAGUGGGUAUGGGUAAACCCCGAACCCGAAUAUUAUGAGUAAUGGGUGGGCAUGGUUUUCUCGCUAUCCAACUCGAACCCACCCGAUUAUACACAUGCAUAUGUAUUUUGUCUAGAAAUCAUCAAUAUUUUCUCUAAAAUAUUUUAUAUUUAGCAUAUAAAUAUAAUAUUUUUAUGAAAUUGUGUUGUUUUAAUUAAUUGUCUUCAUUCUAGUGAAUUAUUGUCGUACUUUUCGUCUUACAUAACGUGAGAAUACGUGUAAAUAUUAACAUAUUAGUUAAAGUUAUAAAGAGAAACUAUUAUUCAUGGAUAACCGUGGAUACCCGAAACCCGAACGAGUAUGGUUAUGGUUUGAAUUUUCUACCCGUUUCUUAUGUGAGUAUGGGUAUGGGUAAAACUCGAGCUACUUUGUGUAGGGUAACGGAUAUGCACUAUCCGUCCCCGACCCGGCCCAUUGCCAUCCCUAGCCGGCUUAUUAAUAAUUUCCAUACAAUGUAUUUAUAAUUUGAAAUAUAAUUUAUUUAAUUAUAGAAGGUAAAGUAAAAGUUUGUUUGUUGCAUGAACGAUAAAAACGCGCGAAAAGUUAAACUUGGAAUUAAUGUAAGACAUAUCAUGAUAGAACAGAGAGAAAAAAAGCUGGCCUGAAUUAGCUGCGGCCUGCGAGUGCGAGAAAAAGGGAAUAGGAGGGACGUGGAACGGGGAGAGGGGAGAUGGAAAUUAAUUAGUCUCAGCCGCAAACUAACCGAUAAAAUAUAUAUACAUAUAUAUAUAUAACUAAUAAAUCGAAGGUGGCGAAGUUACAAAUGCAACCUUCCGCAGUGUGCGGGUUAAAAAGCAGGAGCUGAUGUGGCAGAUUUUUUUCCUUGACACCUUAUAUUUAUUUGUAGAUGAUUAUCCAGUUUGGUAAUGAAAUUUCUCUUAUUCUUUGUUCGAUAGCUAUUUCUUUCUAUCAUUCUUUACAAGUACUUCGAUACAAGUUUUUUCGUUGGGUUUAGCAUUUAUAUAUAAUUCCAUGCCAUGUGAAUAGGAAUCUGUCGUCUGAAUAUCUGAUUUUCCUUGAACCCCUUGAUUUGUAGUAUGAUUGGAGUGUAUGAAAACAUCUGGAAUCCAAAAUAGUAAUACAAGUUAUAAUUAUCAGAUGUUUCUGAAAAUUAGUCUAGGUUUAAUAGUUUCUAACAACAUUAUGUGGAUGGUUGUUCACCACGUUUAAUGCAUUGUCGCACCGUACGCUGUUAGAACUCAAUUUCGUUCUCUCUCACUGAAUGUCAGGUCAAUAUUUUUUUGCUGCAUCCCGUGCCACCAAGAUCUAUUUCAACAUCUAUUGUCCUGACCUACACCCUCUCUUAAACCAGUAAGUCUGAUAAUUGUCCAUUUGGAUAAUGAAACACAUGCAUUUCAAUUGAUUAUCGUUUUGUUUCAUGUCACGACUUCUAUAUGGUUAUAUGCUUCAUUUGGUGGUUUUGCGUUGGCUUUUGGGAAGCUGGUGCAUUUUGUUCCGUGUCCUGACUUCUAUUUUGUUUUGCCUAAUUGGGAUCUCAUUUUCUGUCCAGUUUCUAAAGGUUAUUGUGUGGACUUCUCGCAUGCUAUAAGUGUUGUUGCCCUCUGUUAAUAUGAUCAUUACGGAAUUUCAUCAUGGUGAGUCAAGUACUCAACCUUUACGCAUACAGGCUGUUGCAUCUCUUGAAGUAGGUAUGUGUGAAAUAGUAAGCAGUACUAUUGCCAGUUAGAAUGUUUUUAAAUGGGGAGUGCUCAGUAUAUUGUCGUUGCUGAAUCGAUAGGUGAACUGAAUUGCCAGCCACCACAUUUUGUUGACUCUGGCCAACCACAACAAAAUAGACCAUUUGCUCCUUUUGUGUUUGUUUAUAUUUAACUGUAGUAAUGUAGCUGAAUUUGGGAGCCUUAUUAUGCGCUUUCCUAAUCUGGUUGUAAUGCAGGGAAAGGGAGAGCCAUCUUUUAUCAUCCAGGAGACACUUAUCAAAGGUGUGUCAUGUCCGUAGAAGAUCAAGAAGUUUAUGACAAAGGUACAUAUGGUAAUAUCAAAUUACUUUGUGAGGAUACCUUGCUGUGAUUUGUGCUUAUGGUAUUAAUUUGUGAGGAUACCUUGCUGUGAUUUGCAGAAAGUUGUCCCAAGCUACUCGGCGAAGAAGGCAGCUUAUUCUUCAAAAUAAAGAGACGUAGGAGGCGAUAUGAGUCCAAAAUUUGCACAGUUGUAUAUUCACGAUUUAGACAAUGAGAAUAAUUGAGGAUGGUGUGGAGGAGCUUCAGUUGAAGUUAUUGGCAAAACGUGAAAUCAAUAGUAGGGAAUAUGAUUUACCUUCGGCAAGUGAGAUAGCAGCAUUGAUUGUUGAUGAGACAGGAGAAGAAACUUUUUCACCGGAUAUUGUUGUUCAACAGCGGAGUACUGAAAUGGAGAGAAUUAGUCCAUAUCAUCCCAGUCUAAUGGCGUUACAAUAUCCUGUUUUGUUCCCGUAUGUAGAGGACAGAUGGCAUCCCAGUAUUUUCUAUUCAGCAACUACAGAUUUGGUUGGUGCAGGAGACAAAAUGAGGCUGAACGCUUGGAUUGGAUGAGAAACAAUCAAUCAAAGUUGAGAGGACAUCAUUACCAAGGGUUGUUAAAUUCUUAUUUGCGUGGUGAUAACGAUGUGAAAUUGUCUGGGAAGCCUAUGAUUUUGGCUGCAACUCAUACAGGUAGUCCAAGGUACAAAUAUGAAAAUUUUCAGAAUGCUAUGGCCAUUUGAAAAUGGUUGGGAUACCCAGAUUUGUUUAUACAUUCACCUGCAACUCUAGUUGGCCUGAGAUACAGAAUAUGGUUGAUAUUAUUCGAGAAUUUACUGGAAAAGAUCCAAACCGUGCUGAUGUUAUAGCAAGGGUAUUCAGAAUCAAGGUCGAUGAGUUUA